AUCAUUCAAUGUAUUCUUUUAUGCAGAUUACUGACCUUGGCAUGGCCAAGUAUUUAAUGUCCGAUGAUCACCCGAGCUGUUCAAGCUCCCCGGCAAGGAUGUUGGGAACAUUUGGAUAUUUUGCACCUGAAUAUGCCAUUGUAGGAAAAGCUUCACUAAAGUCUGAUGUUUUUAGUUAUGGUGUAGUUAUUUUGGAAUUGAUCUCAGGGCGUCAACCAAUACAAAAAUCAGCUAAGGGUGAUGAGAGUCUUGUGAUUUGGGCAACAGCUCGCUUGAAUGAUAGCAAGUUGGUUGUAACUGAAUUACCUGACCCUCUUUUAAAAGGAAACUUCCCUGAGGAAGAGAUGCAAAUAAUGGCUCAUUUAGCAAGAGAAUGUCUCCAAUGGGACCCAGAUUCUCGACCGACAAUGACAGAAAUUGUUCAGAUCCUCACCACGAUUGCUCCUGAGAAGUAUCAGAGGAGGAACUUCCAUGAAAACUUCCAUAUGGGACUCUCUUGGCGCAGCUUCGAAAGCAACACUGCUCCGGACAAGCCACAACACUGCUCCACUUCAGGCAGAGCACAACAUCAUAGCUCCUUGAUUGAACCUAAUCAAGACAACUUGCAGAGAGUUCAUCUUAAUUUGUCUUUGCCGUCAACAGCUGACCAGAACUUGUGUGAGCAAAAGAGGGAAAACCAACAAGUGGUUCUUUCAGCUGAGUAUAUGCAGGAACUCGUGGUCCUGGCAUCAGCUAUUCAGAAUAGGGAAUCCUCAGAGGAAGAUGUGGACCUUACAGAGCCCCGUUAUGAGACUUUUCUAUGAUGAGAUUUUCCACACUACGGAUGAAAAUGAAUUAUUUUGUAAAGAGAAGGUAAGUGGCAGUUAAGUCUGUGUUUGGAUUGUUCCAACUUUCCAAGUGCAGUGCUUUGGUUUUACUUCCAAUCGCUUUUUAUGUAAAUGUGCUUCUCUAGCUUGGAUGAACACUGAAUCAGAGUCGCCUUUGGGAA